AUGCCAGGUCAAGGAAAGACAACCCCGGCUCAACUGGUGUACAAAAACGAUAAGGUGAUGAGGAGCUUUGAUGAAAGAAUGUGGCUUAGCGUAUCUGAUGAUUUUGAAGUGGAAAGGCUGUUGAAUGAGAUGCUGCAGUCCUUGAAGGGAACCAACCUUGAGAUGACAAACAGAGAAGCAAUUGUAAGAGGCUUCAAGAACAUUUAUAAGGAAAAAAAUUCCUUGCUUGUGCUUGAUGAUAUUUGGAAUGAGAAUCGAGAGAAAUGGGAAUGCAUGAGAAAGUGUCUACUAGAAACAGGGGGUUCUGAAGGAAGCAGGAUUUUAGCUACCACACGCAGUGAGGUAGUUGCUUCAACAAUGCAAACUGCUGAAUCUCAUCGGCUUGAGAUACUGUCGGAAACGGAUACUGUAGCUGGGAAGUAUUUAAGAAAAUUGCAUUUACCAAGGUGUGGAGCGAACCAGACGGCAAUAAAGAUAUAA